AUGAAAAAUGGUUGUCCAUGGGAUGGAUGGACAUGUGAAGAAGCUGCUGAGAACGGACAUUUGGAAAUCUUAAAGUGGGCUCGUGAAAAUGGUUGUCCAUGGAAUGAAGGACAUGUAUCUGUGCUGCGAAUGGAUUUGGAAAUUCUAAAGUGGGCUCGUGAGAAUGGUUGUCCAUGGGUGGGACAUGUAAAGCUGCUGAAUGGACAUUUGGAAAUCUUGAAGUGGGCUCAUGAGAAUGGUUGUCCAUGGAAUGAAAGGACAUAUCAUUUUGCCUGGAUAAAUGACCGCAGGGAAAUGAUGCAGUGGCUACGCGACAAUGGCUGCCCUGGGUCUCACAAUGACGAUGAAGGACACUAAUAUUUAAGCAUCACUCAUGUUGUCCUCCCAGAGAGUCAAAUUUUCUGAAUCUCUCACUCGCUCGUUGCUGAAAUCGUAUAGCCCAGCAGCUACGGUAUGAUUAGUCUCACAUGUAGUUGGUUUUCAAUCAUCUAGCUAGCUAGCUAGUCUCGAUGCAAGGAGCACGGCAGCACUUAGGUUCCAUCCAACCAGGAGAAAUGGGGUGUCAUCUACCAUUCAUUUUGUUUGUUCCGGUACUGUACUGUACAGCUGUUCAUCCUGACUAUAAAAUAAACACUAACAGG